UCCGGCUGGCGGCGACCGCCGCAGGAAGGGCCGGUUCCUGCUCCUCCCGCCCCCUUCCCUCGCCUUCAGCUGACGCUGACGUCGGAUGAGGGAGCAGGAGGGACGCUCGGAUCGCGGCAGGGAGGCUCCUGGGGGCCAGGGUUCCGAGGUAAUAAUAUAAAGUAUCCUCUCAUGUUCUUUCCCUGCCCCUUCUCUCCAAAUCAUCAACAGUAGAAAAAGAAGAAGAAUAAAACAUGUCAGGACACAAAUGCAGUUAUCCCUGGGACUUACAGGAUCGAUAUGCUCAAGAUAAGUCAGUUGUGAAUAAAAUGCAACAAAAGUAUUGGGAAACAAAGCAGGCCUUUAUUAAAGCUACAGGGAAGAAGGAGGAUGAACAUGUUGUUGCCUCUGAUGCAGACCUGGAUGCCAAGCUGGAGCUCUUUCACUCGAUUCAGAGAACCUGUCUGGACUUGUCUAAAGCUAUUGUUCUCUAUCAAAAAAGAAUAUGUUUCUUGUCUCAGGAAGAAAACGAACUGGGAAAAUUCCUCCGAUCCCAAGGCUUCCAAGAUAAAACCAGAGCAGGGAAAAUGAUGCAAGCGACAGGAAAGGCCCUCUGCUUUUCUUCCCAGCAAAGAUUGGCCUUGCGAAAUCCUUUGUGUCGCUUUCACCAAGAAGUGGAGACUUUUCGGCAUCGGGCCAUCUCAGACACUUGGCUGACAGUGAACCGCAUGGAGCAAUGCCGGACUGAAUACAGAGGGGCAUUGCUGUGGAUGAAGGAUGUGUCACAGGAGCUUGAUCCAGACCUCUACAAGCAAAUGGAGAAGUUCAGGAAGGUGCAAACACAAGUUCGCCUUGCCAAAAAAAGCUUUGACAAAUUGAAGAUGGAUGUGUGUCAAAAAGUGGAUCUUCUUGGAGCGAGCAGAUGCAAUCUCUUGUCUCACAUGCUAGCGACAUACCAGACCACUCUGCUUCAUUUUUGGGAGAAAACGUCUCACACCAUGGCAGCCAUCCAUGAGAGCUUCAAAGGUUAUCAGCCAUAUGAAUUCACUACGUUAAAGAGCUUACAAGACCCUAUGAAAAAACUGGUUGAGAAAGAAGAAAGGAAGAGGAUCACCCAGCAGGAAAGUGCCGAGGUCACUGCAGAGGAGCCCAGUCAGUUAAUUUCAUUAGAGGAUGAAAACCAGCACAAGGAAUCCUCUAGUUUUAAGACUGAAGAUGGAAAAAGUGUUUUAUCCGCUUUGGACAAAAGCUCUACACAUGGUGUAUGCUCAGAAGAACUAUUAGACAUGAAACCCGAGGAAGGUGCUUGCCUGGGCCCAAUGGCAGGGACCCCGGAACCUGAAGGUGCUGACAAAGAUGACCUGCUGCUGCUGAGUGAAAUCUUCAAUGCAUCCUCCCUGGAAGAGGGCGAGUUCAGCCAAGAGUGGGCUGCUGUGUUUGGAGAUGGUCGGCUGAAGGAGGCAGCGCCUACUGUGGCCCCAGGAGAGCCAGACCCCAAGCCCCAGACAGGUUCAGGAUUCCUUCCUUCACAGCUUUUAGAUCAAAAUAUGAAAGACUUACAGGCCUCACUGCAAGGCUGGUCAGAGAGCAAGGUCAAUCCUGCCCCUCCUCCAUGGCCAGCACCACAGGCAAGCAGUCCAAGUGGCAGCAGCCCUGCAGUAAAAGAGCCUGCCAAAGCCACCUCGGACCUGACUGCCUGGUUCAGCCUCUUUGCUGACCUCGACCCAUUAUCAAAUCCUGAUGCUGUUGGGAAAACCGAUAAAGAACACGAAUUGCUCAAUGCAUGAGUCUACAGCCUCUGGGAGGGAGCCCACAAACUGCUCUGCAUCAACACACCAGGGGGCUCAUGGGCAUAGGAGGUGAUCAGUAUGCUGUUUUAAUAUUUACGUGCCAUUUUAAUAAAAUGAAAGGGUCAAAGGCCCUGUUUAUAUUGGUAUAAUUAUUUACUCUUAUUUGGUAUAAAGGUUUUAGUGUAUUCUCUACUGGACCUGACAAAACAGGAUUGUCUAGGAGCGGUUUCCAGGCUGGCUGCUCUCCUGCCAACAACUGCAUCAUGGCUGCUGACGUGUCGCUGGGCUACUCUGAGGUCCAAGUUUAAAUCUUAAACCUACUUGUGUUAGGUUUAAAAUAAGGUGUCCUAUAGCCCCAGAGGCAGCAGAAGGCUAAGAUGCCACCUCUUGUACACUCUGCCUCUAUCCCCCCUGGCAGGGGGCAGGGAGACCCUCUCUUCCUGCCAAGGCCCCUUUCAGCAGCUCUGGGUGAAGCUCCAGCCAACCAAAGACACUGUCCUGCAGCCCUGCCAGUGUGGCUGCAGUUCCUCCUGGGGCAGAGGGCUAGGCUUGACUGCGCUGCACAAACCUUUCUGUGGAAAGCAGCCAUAUCUGCAGAUCCCAGCUCUCCUCUGCUCCUCUCCAUGGCUGGAAUUCAGAGGCAUGUAUUUCUGGAGCCCCUUGUGACAGUAACUGUUUUUUGUUUUGUUUUUUUAAUUAAACAGAAAAGAUAUUUGAAA